ACUGCUCUGGUAGUCACCGUCCCAAACUGGACAUACCUGGCGCUUAUGAGGUGUACCACGACAAACAAUGGUACCUACAGACUUGCCAGGAAGGCCUCACAUGGAACCAGACUCUAUGCAGAUGUGAAUUUCCUAACGGAAGGCCACUUGUUGUGCAGUGCAGAGACUACCGGUCGACCAGUACGGAGCCGACGGGAAAGUACGAGCAGCUGGUCAACGGUCAGUGGAUUGUCCGAGACUGUUCUCUGGCCGUAGCUGGACUUGUGUGGGACCAGGAGGCGUGUCAAUGUGUCUGGGGUCCAGACAGCAAAGAAAUGGUCACUGGACAAGGAAUAGCACCCUGUGAGAUUAUGCUUAACAUGACCUUCGAGAAUGGAGUGAAGGACGAAGCGAAAGGUUCAUACGUGGAGGUGGGCAGAGGAAACCCAGUGCCCAUUUUUGCAGUUAACAAGAGGGACGCCCCUGACGGAUACAAGGCUGCCUACUUCAGCGAAACAGCUCUAAACAUCUGGUAUUUCGCAGGAAAUGAAAUGGGAACAUCACUGCGGGUAGAGUUCCGCUUUAAGAUGACCAACGACCCCAUUCAGCGUGAGAAGUACCAGAUCUUCCUCUCCAACGGUUGCAAUAUAUCAUCACCUGGUUACACGACGCCAUCACUUGCCAUUGGUUACCGCGCUGCUGACCAGUCAUAUUUACUUGCGUUUGAAACCGCGACUGCCAGAAAGGCCAUUGUGUGCACCCGGAAAUUGGGCGCCUACGACUGGCACACAAUAUCUCUUAUUUACGAAGACGGCACACUGCUGUUUAGAGUCGACGAGCAACCUUGUAUUAUUUCUCAGGACUUUUCUGGACCUGUACAGAAGACACCUUGCCCUCUGACCAUCGGAGCAGACCCAUUGGAGAGGGAAUCCAUGUAUAAAGGUUAUCUAGACAACACAGACAAAGCUCUCGCCCCGUCUCGAGCAGAAAACAGCGCGCCGUUACCAGCACAAAAUAUCUCCCACAACUCCCAAGAAUACUCAAGUCAGGUGUCCAAAGUGUGGAACCAAGAGCUGAAACUGGCGACUUUCUGGAGACAUCAAUGGGUGCUGAGGAAAAAACGCAUAGCUUUCUUAGAUUUCCUAGAUCAGGUGAUGAAAGCCACGACUCCUUUCAGGGAGAAACAUCGGAACAGGAACAAGGAAAUCAGUUUACUAGACAUGACACAACAAAUGAUCAGGAGGGUGAUUACAAUCAAGAGAAACAAGACGGAGAAUCUGAUAAUUUCGACAGUUUAG